AUGAACCUUCAUUUCUCAUAUGUGCCAGAAAUGUGCAAGAGUCUACAACAAUAUGUACCGUAUCCAAUAUACCCAACGAACACACUACUCAACACAGUCUACAAACAAUCAAAGCCAAGUAAAAACAAGAAAAACAACUACAAAACAAACAGCAAUUUCCAAGUUUCCCUUUUAUCAAUCAAAAAAAAAACCAAAUCCUCCCUUUUCUCACUCAUGUUCUCCACACUGUACCUACACACUAGCACCCACUACUCACUACUGCUACCACUACUACUACUAAUCGCCACUCCCCCAAAUAUGGACAGAUUACAAAGACUCCUUGGCGGAAGCGCAGGUCUCGGCAUGGGCGGUGCCGCCGGCGCCCAACAAUCUGACUCCCCCGCCAUCGACGACGCCGAAACCGUCUACAUUUCCUCGUUGGCGCUUUUGAAAAUGCUCAAACAUGGACGUGCGGGUGUGCCCAUGGAGGUCAUGGGAUUGAUGCUCGGCGAGUUCGUUGACGACUUCACCAUCCAUGUCAUUGACGUGUUUGCCAUGCCGCAAUCGGGAACAGGUGUUUCUGUGGAGGCAGUGGAUGAUGUGUUCCAGACCAAAAUGAUGGACAUGUUGCGACAAACGGGCCGUGACCAGAUGGUCGUGGGCUGGUAUCACUCGCAUCCGGGUUUCGGGUGUUGGCUUUCGUCGGUGGAUGUGAACACACAACAGAGUUUCGAACAAUUGAACAAAAGAGCCGUGGCGGUGGUUAUAGAUCCGAUCCAGUCGGUCAAGGGUAAGGUGGUGAUCGAUGCGUUCCGGACCAUCGACUCGGGCGUUUUGAUGCGGGGUCAGGAACCCAGACAAUCGACGUCCAACGUGGGCCACUUGAACAAGCCCUCCAUCCAGGCCUUGAUCCAUGGCUUGAACAGGCAAUACUACUCGUUGAAUAUCGACUACCACAAGACACUGCACGAAACCAAUAUGCUCAUGAACUUGCACAAGACCUCGUGGCAGAGCGGCUUGAAGGUUGCUGACUAUAAUCAUCAGGAGCACGAGAGCUUGACCAACAUCCAGAGCUUGGUCAAGAUCUCCAAAUUGUACAACGAGCGCGUGGCCGAGGAGAAGGUGUUGCUGGAGGAGCAGUUAAAGACAAGAUAUGUUGGAAAGCAGGACCCAAAGAAGCAUUUAUCGGAGACAUCCGAGACCAUCAUCGAGGACAAUGUGACCUCCUUGUUGACCAGCAAUAUCAAUGCUCUAGCCAUCCAGUGA